AUGUCCGCCAAUAUCCCCGUGAUCAUCGGCGUAGGCGACAUCAAGAACCGCUCCACCGCUGUCGCGGAUGCGAAGGAGCCCGCGACGUUAAUGCUGGAAGCCAUCCAAAAAGCCAUCAACGAUACUGCAUCUCUUUCGAAGACUGAUCUGCAGUCAGCAAUCGACAGCAUCGAUGUCGUCAAGACGUGGACUUGGCCGUAUCCAGAUCUACCCGGGCUUUUGGCAGAGAAGCUAGGCGUUGAUCAGAGUCUGAAAUGGAAGAGAUAUUCCGAACAUGGAGGCGAUAAACCAGGAAAGCUGUUCGACGAGGCCGCUAAGAGGAUUGCAAAAGGCGAAUGUAAAGUCGCGAUUGUAACUGGGGGCGAAGCAUUAGCUUCGUUGUCUGUAUGCGCAGCUGCAAAGAAGCUUCCUCCACCAGGUUGGACAACUCCGUCCGAAGCCGUAGAUUCGGUCUUCACACCAACAGGUCGCGACCUAGGAAAUAACCUCGGUGCUAUUCACAAGAUUGGUGCGCCAAUACAUGUCUACCCACUUUACGAAAACGCGUUUCGUGCGCAUCGCGGGCAGACGCUGAAGGCAAACCACGAAGAGAGUGCAAAGCUGUAUGCUGAAUUCGCAGACGUCGCAAAGGACAAUGAGUACGCAUGGAGUCAAGGAGCUUCAAGUAGUGAAGAAGACAUCAAGACUGUUGGGAAGAAGAACAGGAUGAUAUGCUAUCCUUAUCCCUUGCUUAUGAACGCCUUCAACACGGUUAAUCUUGCCUCUGCAGUCAUCCUCACAUCGAAUUCCUUCGCCAAAAGUCUAGGUGUUCCAGAGUCGAAAUGGGUGUAUCCGCUUGGUGGCGCGGGGACGAAGGAUGCCGAUGAGUUCUGGAAACGACCGAACUUCUACUCUUCGCCCAGUAUAUCGCGCUCUAUCGAUGCUAGUUUGAGGGUGUCUGGUACGACUAGGGAAGAGAUGGACAUCGUUGACAUCUACUCUUGCUUUCCUAUCGUACCUAAAAUUGCGGCGCAGCAUCUGGGGCUACCUAUCGUUGGUCGUCAAAAGCCAUUGACGAUACUUGGUGGUCUCACGUCGUUCGGUGGAGCUGGCAACAACUAUUCGAUGCAUGCGCUCACUGAAAUGACUCGGCAAUUGAGAGACGGUAAAGGCCAAAAAGGACUGGUGCUUUGCAAUGGCGGUGUUCUAAGCUAUCAGUAUGUCGUGAUACUGUCAAAAGAGGCUAGAAGAGAAGGAGACUAUCCGAUCGAAAAUCCUCUCCCGCCACAAAUAACUGAUGUGCCAGCGCCGGAGCUCAUUUUCGACCCAGAGGGCGAGGCUGUUGUCGAGACGUACACUGUCGAGUUCAACCGCGACGGCAGCCCGCUUCGUGGUCACGUUAUUGGUCGCUUGAAGAGCAGCAAUAAACGGUUCCUCUCGAACCACGGAGAUGAGAGUACGUUGCGACAUAUGGCCAGUGGUGUGGGUGAGAUUGUGGGUAAAAGCGGAUGGGUAUGGCAAGAUGGUGAGAAGAAGGGGAGGUCGCUGUUUGCAUUCGAUAAGCCAGCAAGAUUGUAG